AGCCGAGUCAAUUUGAAAAGUAAAAGCUGUGCAGAUGCAAACGGCCACCAUGCAGGAGGAUCCGACCUCGUGAGAAACCGUGAACCUCCUGCCUCGUCCCUUUUGUUAUGGUCACCUUGCUUCCUCCACCCGUUCUUCGCAUUCUUGUCUUGGGCUGGUGGGUGCCGCUCGCCAGCGUCCCCCUCUCUUCACUUAAUCGUCACGGCGGGAUAGCACGCUCAUCUGUACUGUGAACAAAGCAAGAAAACGCUCGCGAGGAUGUCGUCGACGCUACGGAUACGGCAGAAGAUUCGUGCGCCGCGCAGAGGCAUAGCCACCGACAAUGUAGACUUCGAGGCGACGUGGGCCAGCCUCUCGGAGUCCUUCCGCCAGAUUCACACCAAGAAUGCCUCCAAGCUAUCGUACGAAGAGCUUUAUCGCUUCGCAUAUAAAAUCGUGCUCAAGAAGAAUGGCGAACAGCUGUACAAUCACGUGCGCGACUUCGAGAAGCAGUGGCUGACAGACAACGUCUGCUCCGAAAUCCACAAGAGCCUUUCUCCAGCGCUGCUGACAACGCCGGGCGUGAGCGCCACGCGUACGACGGAAUACCGUGAGCUUGGCGAGAAGUUCAUGUUGAAGCUGAAGUCGGCUUGGUCUGAGCACGUCCUGUGCAUGGGCAUGAUUGCUGACACGCUGAUGUAUCUCGAUCGUGUGUAUUGUGCCGACAAGAAUAGGCAGCCUAUCCUCCAAUGCACUCUGCAGCUCUUCCGUGACUGUGUCUUGUACUCUCCAACUACAGGUUCCAUAGCUGCGUCGUCGCAGCAGGAGAGCGAAAUGUCCAACAUUCUGGCGGUUCUUAUCAACAUCAUGCUGUCCCAGAUACAGAUGGAGAGGGACGGCGACGUCGUGAACAACAGCGUAAUAAAGGCGUGCACACAGAUGCUGUGCAAUCUAUACCAGGACGCCGUAGAGAGCGAUGACAAUCAGUUGUACACUAGGCAUUUCGAACCGGCCUUUCUGAAGCAGACGCAACGCUUCUUUGCGCAAGAAGCAGAGCGACUCCUGGGCUCGCUUGAUUGCGAAUCAUACUGUGCGGAAGUAUGGCGACGUAUAGACUCUGAGGAGGCUCGCUGCCAGACCACUAUAUCAGGACAGACGAAGGACAAGGUCAAGCAGAUCGUGGUGUCUGAGUUGGCCGAGAACAAGAUCCAGACGUUGAUUGAUAUGGAGAGUGGUCUCGUCUUCAUGAUUGAGAACAACAAGAUAGACGGACUAAGCAGGUUGUACCGACUCAACGCCCUUGUUGACACCAAGAAGACGGACCUGAAAAAGGCACUGAGCCAACGGGUGAUACAAGAGGGUAACGAGAUCAACAAGGCCGUUCUUGUACAGCAGGCUCAAGGCCCUGCCCCGGGACAGCCGUCGAUGCAGAAUCAGAUGACAAUGGCGGCCUUGCGCUGGGUAGCAGACAUUCUCGCUCUCAAGGACAAGUACGACAAUAUCUGGAAGCAUGCAUUCGAGGAAGACCAGAUUCUGCAUGCGGCCCUGACACGAAGCUUUGCAGACUUCAUCAACUCAUCGACGUUCCAGCGAGGUUCAGAGUUUUUGUCACUCUUUAUUGACGAGAACAUGAAGAAGGGAAUCAGAGACAAGACCGAAGCGCAGGUCGACGAGGUCCUCGAUAAGGCUAUCGAAGUUCUCAAAUACGUGUCUGACAAGGAUAUGUUUGAGCGCUAUUACAAGAAGCAUCUUUCCAAGAGACUGCUCAUGAAUAAGUCCAUUAGCAUCGAUGUUGAAAAGCAGAUGAUCUCGCGCAUGAAGAUCGAGCUUGGCAACAGCUUCACCAUGAAGCUGGAAGCCAUGUUCAAGGACAUGGCCACAUCUGCAGACCUCACACAGGGCUACAAGGAUUACGUAGCGAAUCUAGGUGAACGCGACCCAUCUCGCGUCGAACUUAAGAUCGACGUGCUUACAAGUGGCACGUGGCCCAUUGAGGGCAUCAACAGAGAUGGCGAUGAGGACGUAGCGAUUCGCGCCAAAGUCGCGUAUCCUUCCGCAGUCCUUCGCGUAAUCCAAGGCUUCGAGAGGUUCUACGCAGACAAGCACUCUGGUCGCAAACUCUCCUGGCAGCCUAAUCUUGGCACGGCGGAUAUGACUGUGCGUUUCCAGAACAAGGCGGGCAGCGCGAAACCUUACCGACAGCACGAGGUCAACGUCCCAACGUCGGGCAUGAUCGUGCUCAUGCUGUUCCAGGACUUGUCCCCGGAUGAGAGCCUCACCUACGAAGAGAUCAAGGCCAUGACAAACAUCUGGGAUCACGAACUUAAGCGCAUCCUUCAGAGCUUGGCCGUGGCGAAGAAGACGCAGAUUCUGAAGAAGGAACCCAUGAGUAGGGAGGUCAACGAAGGAGACCGUUUCUAUUUCAACGAAGGCUUCAAGAGCGAAUACAGACGAGUAAAGGUUGGUAUGGUGGCGGCGGCAAAUCGCGCAGAAACCGAAACGGAGCGGGCAAAGACCGAGAAGCAAAUGGACGACCAAAGGAACUACGUAGUGGAUGCGGCGAUUGUGAGGAUCAUGAAGGCGAAGAAGACUCUCUCGCAUGAAAAUCUCAUCGUCGAGACGAUCAAUCAGCUCACGUCACACUUCAAGCCACAGGUCUCGAUGCUGAAAGAACGCAUCGGCAUGUUGAUUGAGAGGGAAUACCUCGAGCGUAUCGAGGACGCGGUCCCGCCCGCGUAUAAGUACCUCGCUUAGGAGACAAACCUUGACCGGACGGUGCUGGGGACAAAGAGCGGACAUUUCUCUGUUUGUUUCUCGUCCUCCUUCUGCCUGGACAAAGUCAUUUUGCGCUUAGCGAAUUUGCAUGGCAAUCGGUGUUUUUUUUUUUCCUUUGUUCCGGUUGUGCGAACAUAUCACGCGUUUGGCGGAGCAUUCAAGGGGUCAUGAGGAGUUUCUUUUAGAGGACGACACUGAUGCGACCGGUCUGAUUUUCCUGCGGAAUGGAGAAGAGCUUGCUGACUUGCCUUUUGAUGACGAGAGUUAUGACGGGCAUGGUGAUCUUACAAGACGAAGUCCUUUUUUUGGGGACGCCAAAAACGAACUGCGCAAUUGCGCAUGGAUUACAACCUUUCCUCCACCAUCAAAGGAUGAAUGCUAGUGUCUGCUGAAUCUCGAUGGACGCGUGCUUGCUGGCACCAGUUGCGCGUUUCGGUUGACGAUGACAGGACAAUAGCAGAUAGGCUUCAAUAGCUACUUUUCGUGAAUAAUAAAAGCGUCUUUGUGGUUGCACUCAUUUUGCGGGCCUGGAGUAUCGACUCGCGCACUUUUUCUGUUCCGACCUCUUCAGCGCGGUCAGCAUCCAACAACAAAAGAUUGACGGGAGAUUGCACAUUGUUAGGGAUCAUGAAGUUACUUGAAUUCAACAUUGGGCCACUUUAUGAGGAGGGUGAGGCAUGCAACGACGACGACGGAUGAAGGACAACCUAUCUGUACGUCAGAGAACGAAGCAGCGCCUGCUCAGUUUAGAGCUGGCAAUGCAGAGUUUAUAGGAGACGUCUUUACGGAUCCUGUCAUUGACCGGUAACGUGGUACGGGGUCGACCUAGCAGACAGACAGGUCGUCCUCGCUGGCCGAUAGAGCGGACAAAGCCGCCGCUUCCUCUCCUCGACUUACCAUCGGAGCUGCUGCUGACCGCAUACGAGUACUGCGUCAAAACGACAGGAUCCAUCGAGUCCGUGGAGCUGUGCGCAGGGCCGACAACCUUGGUCACGAAUGCUAUGGAGGUGUUCAGACGGCAGCCGUCCAACAAGAUCAUGAUCGCGCGGACCCAGCCGGGCAUGACACGUGUUUCCCGCAAGCCCAGCGCCGACAGCUUACCGCUGUGCUACCUACUGAACAACUUCACGACGCAGGCGAAGGCGGUGGAGGCGGGCAGUCCCUAUCCGUGGUUUCGGUUUCGGACGGCGGAGAGCACCGGCUACCUGGAGCACGUUCGAUGCGUCCGCUGCAUGCUGCCGCUGAGGGACCUGUGUGCGAUGACGGGGAAGCCGCGCAGGGAGAUGCUGCUGCAGCUGCACCUCCGGCGC